ACCAACGUGUACGGGUCGGCGCAGCGCCGGAAGCUGCGUCCCUUCGAGGGUUUCCAGCGCAAGGCCAUCGUGGUGUGUCCCACCGACCAGGACCUGCGGGCGCGCACCCUCAAACGCACCGACGAGGAGGGCAAGGACGUCCCCGACCACGCCGUGCUGGAGAUGAAAGCCAACUUCACGCUGCCGGAGGCGGGGGAGUUCCUGGACGCCGUGGUGUUCGUGGAGCUGCAGCGGGAGGAGGCCGAGCUCCUGGUGCGACGCUACAACCAGCAGCGGGAGGAGGCCGAGCUCCUGGUGCGACGCUACAACCAGGAGGGGCGCAGCGCCGGGCCCCCCCCCGAAAAACGCUCCCCGGGGGGG